GCAGCCAGAUGGCGACUGGCUUGGAGCUGAGCUAGCUGCGCCCUCCACAACUAAGACUGAAGGACAACAGCCCGGAAGUUUACGUGCGUGGUUGCACAUGGCCGCCACCUGGAAAGAUGUCGCUGGUGGUGUUUUGCGGACUGCCCUACAGCGGCAAGAGCCAACGCACGGAGGAGCUUCGCGUGGCGCUGGCAGCCGAAGGCCGCGCCGUGUACAUAGUGGACGAUGCGGCUGUGCUGGGCGCGGAGGACGCGACCGUGUACAGUGAUUCAGCCCGAGAAGGCGUUGCGUGGACCCUGCGAGCCGCGGUGGAGCGGCGCCUUAGUCAUCACGAUGUGGUCAUCCUCGACUUGCUCAACUACAUCAAGGGCUUCCGCUACGAGCUCUACUGCCUGGCGCGGGUGGCACGCACCCCUCUCUGCCUGGUCUACCGUGUACGGCCUGGCGAUCUGAACCGGGGACCUCGGGUGGACACCGAGGAGAACCGGAGCCUGAACGUCAGUGUGAGUUGGCAGCCGCACGUGGAGGAGGGAGGAAGACCUCUGGCAGCAGGCACCCGUGUCCUCAGGGAACCGCAAGCAGUGGACUCUGUAGUAAAUGGGAGAGCCCAGGCAGAUGCUAAGGAACUGGAGCGAGAGGAAACCAAGGCUCCAGAUCUUCCAGCUCUCAUGACUCCGGAAUUUGAAAAAUCUGCAAAACAUGUGUCCAGUGCCUUUUACCCUCCCGAACUUCUGGAAGCCCUAACGCUGCGCUUCGAGGCUCCCGACUCUCGGAACCGCUGGGACCGGCCCCUGUUCAUUUUGGUGGGCUUAGAGGAGCCGUUGCCUCUGGCAGAGAUCCGGGCUACCCUGUUUGAAAACCGGGCUCCUCCACCCUGUCAGUCUACACAGUCCCAGCCUCUUGCCUCUGGCAGCUUUCUGCACCAGUUAGAUCAUGUCACUAGCCAAGUGCUGGUGGGACUGAUGGAAGCGCAGAAGAGUGCAGUCCCUGGAGACGUGCUCAAGCUUCCUGGCAUCACGGAGCACCUUCGGUUUACCUGGCCCUUGACCAUGACAGAACUGAGUCGCCUCCAACGCCAGUUUAUUUCCUACACCAAAAUGCAUCCCAACAAUGAGAACCUGCCUCAGCUGGCCAACAUGUUUCUGCAGUAUCUGAGCCAGAGCCUGCACUGACCAGAGUGGGUAGGGGGGAAAGCCAUUGCUCCUUAUCUAACCUCCACUGCACUGUUUCUCUCUGCGAAGAAUAACCUGAGUGUCUGCUGAGCAUAUUGAUGUGUGGUAGUAGAGCUAGUGUGACUGAUUCACUCACACUUUCCUGAAUGCUGGGUGCCAGACCUUGGUUUGGAAGAUCUUGGCAAAUUUCUCCAGAAGACAGAGCUCAAGUGGACAGGGCUUGCUUAGAUUGGAUUGUACUUGGGAUAUCACAUAAUAUUGAUUUCUCACAAUCUGAACUGUGGGAGAGCAGAAUGGAUGGAUGGAUUGUUUAAAAUAGUUGUGAAGAGAAGCUGAAGAUGGCACAGUUCUGCAUCUGCACUGGCCUUCUUACAUACCACAAACAGUUUUUUUGAGUACUGUACCUAAAGUGUUUGCUUGUUUCUAUCCUGGGGUCUGUGGUCACAGAUAAAUCCACUGGUUUCUGUCUUUGGGAAGCUUUGCUUCUAAUGGAAGUGAAAAAUAUAAUCACUAGAUUAUCUUAUCUAAUAAAAUUAUUAGAUCUUUCAGAA